AGGCGCGGGUUAAGUGUGCAGUGCCCGCCCUUCCUCCCAGCGGAUCGAGAGUGGAACUCGACAGGCAGCGUCGCUUCCUGCUGCUGAAAGAGGAGGAGGAACCUUGGUGUCGAACGGCUGGUAAACCGGAAACGAUGCGCGUGUGAUAUCGGAAGUUCUGCAAUGGCUCCAUCUUCAGUAAAGCUACAAGAACUAAUUCGUCUAAUACGUACAGCAAAGACCCAGGCAGAAGAACGUGCUAUUAUUCAAAAGGAGUGUGCUGACAUUCGCUCUUCUUUUCGAGAGGAAGAUCCAUCUUUCCGCUGUCGAAAUGUUGCCAAGCUACUAUACAUGCAUAUGUUAGGAUACCCUGCACAUUUUGGCCAGAUGGAGUGCUUGAAGCUUAUAGCAUCACCCCGCUUCAGUGACAAGCGUGUUGGCUACCUAGGGGCAAUGUUGCUGCUUGAUGAAAGGCAGGAUGCAAGCCUUUUGAUCACUAAUUCAAUUAAAAAUGAUAUGAACCACAAUAGUCAGUACGUCCAGGGGCUUGCUCUGUGUACACUGGGCUGCAUGGGAUCCUCUGAGAUGUGCCGUGACCUUGCAACAGAGGUUGAGAGGCUGUUGAAGACAUCUAAUUCCUACAUUAAGAAGAAGGCAGCACUCUCAGCAGUACAUGUUGUGAGGAAGGUUCCAGAGUUGAUUGAACUCUAUAUCCCAGCUGCAGAGAGUUUGCUAGGAGGAAAGAAUCAUGGUGUACUUCACAGUGCAGUUGUGCUGAUAACAGAAAUGUGCGUACGAAACCCAGAAGCAACGUGCAAAUUCAAAAAGGUAGUACCCGAGCUGGUUCAGAUCAUGAAAAAUUUAAUCAUGUCAGGUUACUCCCCUGAACAUAAUGUAGGUGGAAUCAGUGACCCAUUUUUGCAGGUGCAGAUGCUGUGCUUAAUGAGAAUUUUAGGACAAAAUGAUGAUGAAGUCAGUGAAGCAAUGAAUGAUAUUUUGGCACAGGUGGCAACAAACACAGAUACUAGCAAAAAUGCAGGGAAUGCAAUUUUAUAUGAAACAGUACUGACAAUAAUGGAUAUCAGAUCAGAAAGUGGCUUGCGGGUUCUUGCUGUGAACAUCCUUGGUAGAUUUUUGUUAAAUAGUGACAAGAACAUUCGCUAUAUUGCUAUGACAUCCCUGCUAAAGAUGGUGCAGACAGACCAUAAUGCAGUCCAGCGACACAGAGGAACAAUUGUUGACUGUCUCAAAGACACUGAUGCAUCUGUCAAGAGGCGUGCUCUUGAUCUGACCUUUGCCUUAAUUAAUGGCCACAAUAUCCGUUCAAUGAUUAAGGAGCUGCUUCAGUUUCUUGACCACUGUCCUGCAGAGCUCCGUUCAGACUGUGCUUCUGGAAUUUUUCUUGCAGCAGAGAAAUAUGCACCAUCUAAGCGUUGGCAUAUAGAUACCAUCCUCAGAGUACUUACAACGGCAGGAAGCUAUGUUCGGGAUGAAACGGUUCCUAAUUUGAUCCAGCUGAUCACAAAUACUUCUGAGCUGUACGCAUACACAGUUCAUAAGUUAUAUCAGGCAGUAUUAGCUGACAUUUCCCAGCAACCUCUAGUGCAGGUAGCUGCGUGGUGCAUAGGUGAAUAUGGGGAGUUUCUUCUUUCAGGAACAUGUGAAGAAGAAAAAACUGUCAAGGUGACAGAGGAUGAUAUGCUUGAUGUUUUAGAAAUGAUUCUGCAGUCCCACAUGUCAUCUCCAGCUACACGGGGCUAUGCUCUCACCUCUUUGAUGAAACUGAGUACCCGUAUAAGUGACAAUGUGGAUCGAAUCCGGAAAAUUGUAUCCAUCUAUGGUAGCUGUAUUGAUGUGGAACUACAGCAGAGAGCCAUUGAGUAUAACACACUUUUUAAAAAGUAUGAUCAUAUGAGAGUGGCUGUCCUGGAGCGUAUGCCAGUAAUUGAAAAGAACUCUCAAGUGUGUUCUGAUAAGAGCACAAAAGUAUUAAAUGAUGAAAACAAGCCAUUUAGCCUCUCAAAGCCAAAUCAGACAGAAGUUAAAAUUCAGAAUGCAGCAAACCAGCAAACAGUUGAUCUUCUGGACUUAAUUGGAAUAUCAGAUCCCUCUUCAACACCAGUGGUACAAAAUAAUCAAGAAAAGAUGGUAGGAGGAGAGCUCCUGGACUUGUUGGGUGGCAUCAACUUUGGAGCAAUACCCUCAAUCACUGCAUAUAAUAAGAAUGGACUGACCGUUGAAUUCUUCUUUGAGAAAGUGGGCAAUAAUGAAUUGUCAAUACAAUUAAAAGCUAAAAAUGCCACAGCUAAGGAUAUGAAGGAAUUUAUUCUUCAAGCUGCCGUUCCAAAAAACAUUCAGAUCCAUCUACAGGCCCCAAGUGGAAGUGUGCUGCCUGCUCUCUGCAGUGGAUGUGUUUCCCAGACAAUCCUUAUCAGCAAUCCAAACAAAGUAUCGCUAAAAAUGAGGCUGCGUCUUUCAUACUCCAUUGAAGGAAGUACUGUUCAAGAUAUCUGUGAGGUCAACAACUUUCCGCCUCAAACAUGGCAGUGAUUGUGCCUUGGGUUUUUGUUUUCUUAAUACCUCUACAAGGUUUCUGAAGAUUAACAAUGUUUGCUUUCCAACAGCUCUAAAAUUUGGACCCAUCAAUUAUUGCUGGACAGUAAUGUGAGGUGCCAAUAGUAAAUGGUUAUUGUGUUUUAAAGACAUGAAUUAGUAAAGCUUCAAGGUUUAGACCAGGAGGCACUUCUUCACGCAUGGAGUCGUGGAGUUCAAGUGAUAAACUGUCUGGUUGAGUUACUGUGGCUAGUAGUUAACCAAAUUCGCUUGAUGGACUGAGUGGUCUCUUCUCUUUUGUCCAUUAACCAAAUUCGCUUGAUGGACUGAGUGGUCUGUUCUCUUUUGUCCCACUUAUUAUUAGAUUGCUGGUGUAAGCUUUUGAAGCAGUCCAUUAAAGAGCCAGCAGGGGAAACUGUGGAGCCGGAAAUCUGCGACAACAAAAUGAUUGCUAGAUGACAGUGGGGUAAAGAGGUGCCUGAGGUCUGUUGUAGGAGCUCGGCUGUACUAAAUAUUGUCUAAACACCGAAGGGUACUUAACUGAGUACUGGAGUGUGGCCUUUCAUUCAUAGUCUUGACAAAAGCAUAUUGACUCAGGUAAAAAAUAUAGAUAUAUAUAUAUAUAUAUAUAUAUAAGUAGUCUUAUCAUUAAAAGACAACUUUUUCUAAAGCAGCUUUCUGCUUUCAAUGAGAAUUUGAUGUAACCAACAUCAAAAAUGCCUUCUUCCGAGUAAAAAAAAAAAAAACCUGCAAACCUUCAGCAAAUUAACUAGCAUUCACUGUGCUCAUGGUCAUUCAGUUGAACUCAGAUACAUUUUGAGGAUUACAUGCCUUUCAUGAUUGAAUAGCAUUUUUAUAAAAUAAGACCAACUAAUGAGAACCAGGCUGCCAUUCAAAUAUUAUAUAAUAGAUUUUUGAACUCCUUAAAUCCAAAAUCAGAAAACUGUAAAUCAGUACACAGAUGUAAGCAAUAGAAACAUGUCACAUAAGAGAGUGACCUCUUCUGGGCCUCAAAAAGUAAUUUCUACUGAUAGACAAGUAUGAUAACUAAGGACUUCUUUGUCAACUCAAGUGAAAAAGUCUGUCUGGAAAGUAACAUUCAAAUUGAAAAUUCUUAUGAAUAUUUGCAAGAAUUGGGAACAGGGAGAAAUGUUGGAUUAUGCUGUCUAAAUCAGUUUGUCUGGGGGCCCCAUGUUGUGGAAGGAUUCUAGUUUCCAAUGUUUGCUCUUCUUCUUCUAACUUCUUAAAUAAUGCAAUCCCUUUUGACAGAUUUCAGAAAGACAUCUUGGUUUGUUUAUUUGAUGUGCUGAGGAAAUUACUAAAAAUAUAAACAAGUGAAAAUGUCAGUUUUGACCCUUUGGAGUCUGUUUCUGUUUCUUUCUGUGGGAAUUGCAGGCUAAUUAAUUUUUGAAUAAAGACAACCCAAAAA